GCCAAUGAAACCAGUUUUGAAAUUAAGUAAACUAAAUCUGUGUUUAUCUGUGAAAUAAUUUGUUAAAAUCUUUCUAUUUUGCGUUAUUUAUUUAUUUGGUGGAACUUCAGUUUUCAAUGUUACUAAUUGGCUUAACUGGUGGGAUCGCCUCAGGUAAAUCAACAGUGUCUCGUUAUUUGGUCGAGAAAGGUGUAAAGGUUAUUGAUGCCGAUUUGAUUGCUCAUCAAGUUACUGAGCCAGGAACUCCAGCCUGGAAAAAAAUCAAAGAUGAAUUUGGAUCCUCUAUUUUAACCGAAGAGGGAGCAAUCAAUCGUGAUGAAUUGGGCAAAAUUAUUUUCCAAGACCAAGAAAAACGCAAAUUGUUGAACAGGAUCACUCACCCUUACAUUCAACGAGAAAUUUUCAUGCAAAUUCUCACAGCCUUCAUUCAUUUCGAGCAUUAUGUGGUUCUUGAUCUACCCCUUCUUUUUGAGGUGUCUAAAUUCACUAACCUCUUCCACAAAAUUAUUGUCGUUAAUGUAAAUGAACAACAGCAAAUCGAACGUCUUAACAAGCGAAACAAUUACAGUGCAGAAGAAGCUCAACUUAGGAUUUCUAGCCAAAUGCCAUUGAGUGAAAAGUGUCGAUUAGCCGAUUACGUUAUUGAUAAUGAUGAAACCAUAGAGAAGACGAAAGAGCAAGUUGAUUCCAUUUUAAAUGAACUGAACACUUCAAAAGCUUAUUUGAAAUACCGUUUUCUCCUUCUGUUCCUGUUAUUCAAUUUAUUACUCUUCAUCUACGUAUUCAUCAAUCGUUUAUCCAGAUUUGUUAAAUCAUUCCAAUAAGGUUUUAAUGUCCAUUUCCUAAAUUAUAAUUUUGCCAUUAUGGCAAAAUUCCAUUAAAUAGUAGAAUUUUUUUAUCAUGAAAAAAUAUUUUAAUUUGUUAUAUUUCUCAUAAAAAUUACAUAUUUACAAAUAAUUUAACGAAACUUGUAUCUUUACAAAAGCCUCACAGUUGUCAGUAUUAUGCCUCUGAAUCAACCAGCUGUUUUAACAAGAAUAACGCAUUUAAAGAUCUUUCGAUACAGU